CACCCCUCCAAAACCCCCCCCCCCUUCCCCCUCUGCCCUCCCACCGCCCACCGCCCACCGCCGCUUGGGGGAGAAAGUGCUGCUUUGUCAAUGAAGGACGGAGCCUGGGAGCGGCGGAGAUUCACGCAAACUUUCCGGAUCUGCUGUCGGAAUAACAAACCGCUCCUCGUCCACACGCCGCCGAACGGGGGUCUCGGGAAACGGGCGUAAGCAGCAGCCGAGCAACGGGAGAGCAGAGAAGCAAAGUCCGUCUUGUACUACUCCGGUUGGUAAGCAUGGUUCGGUGGGGUGCUGGUGUGCCCAGCUGGGUGUUCCUGGUUGUUCUGGGGGGGUCCCUGGCUGCGGACCCCUGCCUCAUCAUCAGCGAGGUCAACGCCGACAACCCCAAGCUGGACACCACGGAGUUCGUGGAGCUGUACCACACGGGCGGCCAGCGCGCCCCCCUGGACGGGUACACCCUGGUCUUCUACAACGGCAACGGCAACGUGGCCUACAAGGUGCUGGACCUGAAGGGCCAGGCCACGGACGAGAGGGGCUUCUUCCUGGUGGGCUCGGUGGACCUGAGGCCCAAGCCCUCCAUCCUGCUGCCCCCCAACACGGUGCAGAACGGCCCCGACGCCAUCGCGCUCUACCACAGCGGGGCGGCCCGCUACGCCGAGAAGAUGAACGCCACGGCGGCGGGCCUGGUGGACGCCGUGGUGUACAUGACGCGCUGGACCAGCGGGGCCGAGGUCCUGGCCGAGGCGCUGACCCCCGGGCAGAGGCCCUUCAUGGAGGACGAGGCCGGCCACGAGGGCGACGAGUCCCUCCAGAGGUGCCUCCUCUCCGGGGACGCCUGGACCUUCCAGCUGGCGCCGCCGUCGCCCGGGCAACGCAACCGCUGCACGCCCCCGCCGCCCGGCCAGCCGCUCAUCAGCGAGCUGCGGCUGGGCGGGGGGCUGGCCGACGGGUGGGUGGAGCUGACGGGGGUCCAGGGGGCGGGGCCUCUGGUGCUGGCGGUGCUGGACCGGGCGGGGGUGGCGACGGUCAGCGUCGACGUGGACAACGCCAGGGACGCCAUGGUUACCGUGGAGAUAGAGAAGAGCUUCAUGAAGGGAGACGAGGCGGGCGCGGUGGCGCUGUACGGCGGCCGGGCGGCGGACCUCCUGGUGGGCAGCAGCCUCAACGACUCCCAGCCCAUCGACGCCUUCGUGUUCUCGGGGCGGGGGGGAGUGCCCAGCGACGACCUGAUGGAGACGCUGGUCCCCGGGAGAACCCCCUACCAGCUCAGCCCCAUUCUGCAGGAGGGAGGUGUGUACCUGAGCCGCUGUGGGGUGGCCCCGGGCCCCCGGGACCCAGGGGUGUUCUGGGAGGCCCCUCAGACCCACAGCCUGCCCAACAACUGCCCCUGGCCCCGCACCUGUCCCCAGAGCCCAGGGCCCCCGGGCACCACCGACGCCCCCCCCCACCUGCCCCCCUGGGGGCGGGGCGACUUCGUGAUCAACGAGCUGAACGCCGACAGCCCCGGGGCGGCGGAGGACGGCGAGUACGUGGAGCUGUGGCACCCGUCGGGGCGGCGCGUGGCGCUGGCCGGCCUCUGGCUCCUCCUCUUCAGCGCCCACGACAACCGGCCCUACCGCGAGAUCAGCCUGAGCGGCCACUUCACCACCGCCCGCGGCUACUUCCUGCUGGGCAGCGACCGGCUGGUGCCGGCGCCGUCGCUCCGCCUGCCGCCCAACACCAUCCAGAACGGGCCGGACGCCGUGGCGCUCUACCGCAGCCCCGACGGGCCCCCCUCCUCCCUGCAGCCGGGGGUCCCCACCGCGGGCCUCCUGGACGCCGUGGUGUACCGCCUGAGGGGGUCCGAAAAGGCGGCGCGGACGCUGAGCGACGCGCUGACCCCCGGACAGCUCCCCCUGCUGGAGGACGCCACCGCGCUGCCCGGGGACGAGGGGCUCAGCCGCUGUGGGGGGCUGCACCCCGCCGAUCUGUCGGCCUUCGCCGUGGCCCAGCCCACCCCUCUGAGGGAGAACGUGUGUCCCCCGCCCCCGCCCCCGCCAGAGGGCGUGGUCCUCAACGAGGUGUCGGUGGCCCGCUGGACCAACCAGAGCCGGCAGUGGGGGUCGUUCGUGGAGCUGGUGGGCCCGCCGCGCACGCCGCUGAGGGGGCUGGUGCUGCUGGCCGUUGGGGAGGAGGACCGCGGCGGCGCCAUCUUGGCUCUGCCGCUGACGGGCUCCACGGACAGCGGGGGCUUCUACCUGGUGGGCAACGUCACCGGGGCAGACCAGAGUUUCCCAGAAGGCACCACGGUGCCGUCGCGGGGGGGCGUGGCCCUGUGUCACGACGUGUUCAGCGUGUGUCGCGCGGUGGCGACCCGCGGCCUGGCUAACGUCAGCAUCAUCAGGGACUCCGUGGUGUUCAGCCACCACCAGGCCCUGCUGCUCAGCCUGGGGGCCAGCACGGGGGAGCAGGUCCUGCCUGCACCCAGGUCGGUGCAGGCCGGUCCAGUCUCCCUCAGUCGAUGUACGUGCUGUCAGCCCAGAAGCCCCACCUCCUGGACUAGCUCCGCCCCCACGCCUCGCACCACCAACCUGUGCCCUAGCUCCGCCUUCUCAAGCAGUAUCGACCUAUGCCUCGGCCCUCUGGCCAGUGAUUGGCAGGACCACUCGGCCAACUGCAGUGACCUCCUCCUUCAGGGCAGCAGGGUCGCUGAGGUGGCCGGGUACUUGGAGCAGAGCUGUCGCUGUGGCAUCAGCGCCCUCUAUCUGCAGGGCUUCAAGUUCUGGUGCGUGUCGAGCUGGCUCCGGGUCAAGGGCAGCAUGAUGGCUCUGUCGCCCCACCAGAAGACCCUCAUCCUGCAGACCUCCUCCUCACACCUCCCCCCCCCCCACGGAGAGGGCAGCUGCUCUAGCCCCAACGCGGACCCCCACACCGGCACCGAGUCUGCGCUGAGGCUCCAGGUCGGUCUGGCCCUGGGUCUGGUGGGGUUGCUAGGCCUCGUAGCGGCUCUGUUCGCAUACCUCUACAAGAAGAGGCGGCCGCUGAACUACCACUCCAUGGAGCUGAGCGAGAACAGAGACGGCCCUUCUGAGUUCUGAACUGGCACGGCGAAUCAGCUCCGGCGCACCUCUAAAGGAACCAAUCAGAGGCCAGCUGCUGCAGAGCGACACGUAACAAUUAUCAACACUGGAGAGACUGAAUGGGAUUUAGUGCUAUUCAACGUGGUUUAAUGUUGUUUAGCGUAACUUAACGCUAAAUAACAUUACUAGCAUUAAAUAACACAAUUCAACAUUAUUGAAUGUGA